UCCGUCCCGGGUGCGCUCUAAUAAUAGAGGAGGCUGCCUGCUCCUUUAAGAGGCCACUUGUUGAAUACUCCGCAAACUAUAUUGUAACAAAAUGGUAAUCAAAGUAUUUCUCGCCACUUCAUCGGGAUCCACUGCGAUCAAGAAGAAGCAGCAAGAUGUGGUCGGCUUCCUGGAGGCUCUCAAAGUGGACUACACUCAGCUGGACAUCGCCUGCAAUGAGGAGAACCGCAUGUGGAUGAGGCAGAAUGUCCCCAUGGAGAAGAAGCCCACCAACGGCAUCCCCCUGCCCCCUCAGAUCUUCAAUGAAGACAGCUACUGCGGGGACUAUGACACGUUCUUCGAUGCCAAGGAGGACAACACGGUGUAUUCUUUCCUGGGGCUGCCCCCUCCUCCUGGGUCAAAGGAAGCAGUCGAAGCCGACAAGGCGCACAUUGUGGAGAACGGGACCCAUGCUGAGGAGGCCGAUGCAGAGGGGAACCCUGAUGACUCAGCAGAGGUUCCAGUGGAGGAGCGUAACGGGGAUGCACACGGGGAGGAGGACGCACAGGCAGCGGAUGAGGAGGAGGAAGGUGAGGGUGGCGAGGAGGAGGUAGCAGAGGGAGAGACUGCAGAAGCCACGGAAGGAGAAACAGCGGGAGAUGAGGCCCCCGCAGAGGAGACGGGGGAGGAGGCGAUGGAAGAAACAGACGAGGUCACAGAAGACACAGAGGCCCGUGCAGAGGAGGAAGAAGAUCAGGAAGGAGCCGAUGAUGACAGGGAAGAAGAAGAGGCUGAAGUACAAGAGGAAGAAGAAGAGGAAGACGUGGAAGAAACACAGGAGGAAGAGGCUGAGUAGUUGAAGCCAGGCGACGUCAGUGAUGUUGACGUACUGAUAUCCAGCCUGAAGGAGCCUCCUGUUCUGUCUCUCCCUGACCCCUGAUGCUUGACCCCGUCAGACCCCCAUCCCCAAGGACCCACUGGACCCCACUGGAAACUGUCGUUCAUGUGCUUGAAGGCACCAUCCAAACUGAAAAGUCCUAACCCACAUUGGCCCCCACCCAUUUCCCUUUUGACUGCAAUGUUGACUUAAUUUUUAUAUUUUGCGAGUAGAGACAUGCUGUAAUGAAAUUGUGCAGAGUAGCGUAGUGAUGUCAGUUUGUUUUAAAUGAGUAGCUUUUGUAAAAUGCAAAAUAGCACAUUUCUCAUGUUUUACUUUUAGAAAUCCUAGUUUCCUAACACAAAUAGGCAGUGACCUUUUCAAAAAGUGUUACCGUGGCAUACCUUCGCUUGUGGUCUCUACAUCACAUUCAAAGGUUCAUAACUCACACUUUACAGUAAGUGUCCUGUCCUUUUAUCAAACAAAAAUAGUUGUUCUCAUGUUUUGUCUUGAUCAGUCUUUCCCUACAAAUGAAUGUAUAAAUGAAAACUAAGACCUCUAACGGCCACAUGAGAAAGAAAAUGCGCACAUAUUGCAAGACUGCAAACUACUCCACCACCACUACAAUUACUUCUGCCAAUACUGCUGUCUAAUCAAUGCACUUUGUUGAAUGAAGAGUGAAACAUGUGACUAAGACUUGGAUGCAAUUGAAAAUGCAAUAA